CAAGACUGAGGUAACAAGGGUUGAGGAAGGUAGUUGGUGUUGUGAGAGACUGGAUUGCUAGUGAUUAAUGUCUCAAACAAUGCAGGUGCUGUAAGGGACUGGAUUGUUGGUGCUAACAGCUCGAACAGUUGGCUGAGUGCUUUGCUAGUGAUGCACAGAAUGCAGAGGGGUGUGCAUGCUUGGGGAUAGAAGCUGGAUUUCCAGAUAAUGCAAGAGGCUGAUAAAAGACAAAUCCUGAGAGGGGCCACAAGUCCUUCUUAUCACGCCAAUGUCCUCCCAUAAAUAAUGAUUCAGCUGUGAAAACUCCUUUGCAAAGUAGCAGGACAGCCACGUGUAGGUUGAAGGUGGUAUUCAUCUUGGCUGAUGGGCUAUUAUGGGUCAUGAUUGAUUCAACUGCAAUGGUAAGAGACAGCUGCAACAUUUUAGAAGAGGCCAAAGACUCAUGACAUGUCCCGUGAUCCAGUGUUGCAUCAUCCAGGGGAGGUACAGGGGGUGUUUCCACAUAGCCUCAGCAUGAUAUAAAACCCAUAGACCUGUUGUUUUUUGGGUUCUUUCCCUCCACCACUUGAUGGAUACAGUCUGCAGCCAUCACCUCUACAAGACUGCAGCCACUGAGAAGACCAGAAGAAGAGAACCAAUGGGACAUCGUUGGAACCUAUGGAGUGGGACAAAGCCACAACACUGCACUUCAGCCAGGAGAUUUGGAGUCGAAGAAGGUUUCUGAAAUCAGUGGAGACUGCCUGAGAACAGACUGUGUGAGCCCUUGAUCUCACACUUCCUCCUGAGGAGAGGCAGGCAUCAUGAAACAGAGAUUAAUUUCAUCAGUCCCAAUUAUUUUGCAGCUUGCUCUGACUACGCUAGGUCUGCCUGGUCAAUCAUACCCUGGAAAACCUCAGAUAAUAAGAUGUCGUUCUCUAGAAAAGGAAACCUUUUCAUGUUGGUGGAAGCCUGGCUCAGAUGGAGGACUCCCUAACAAUUACACCCUGUUCUACAGCAAGGACAGUGAAGAAAAAAUCUAUGAAUGUCCAGACUACCUAACAUCAGGUCCAAAUUCCUGCUACUUUGAUAAAAACCACACUAAUCCCUGGACAACAUAUAUUAUCACCGUAAUGGCAACAAAUGAGAUUGGAAGUAACAGCUCAGAUCCUCAGCAUGUGGAUGUAACUUCCAUAGUUCAGCCAGAUGCUCCUGUGAACCUCUCUCUAGAAACAAACACAUCUGCUAACCUGACAUACCUUUGGGCAAAAUGGUCUCCACCCCCAUUAGCUGAUGCCAGCUCUAAUUCUCAUAUGUAUCACUAUGAGCUACGACUAAAGCCUGAGGAAAAGGAAGAGUGGGAGACAGUAUCUGUAGGAAUGCAGACACACUAUGAGGUGAGCAGCCUGAAAGCUGGGGUGAAGUACGUUGUUCAGGUGCGUUGCAUGCUGGACCUCGGAGAAUGGAGCGAGUGGAGCUCAGAAAGAAGCAUUCAGAUCCCCAAAGAAAGGUUACCUCCCGAAAAGCCUAUAAUAAUAAAGUGCCGUUCUCCUGAAAAAGAAACAUUUACUUGUUGGUGGAAACCUGCUUCAGCUGGAGGACUCUUGACCAAACACACUUUGCUUUACAGCAAAGAGGGAGAAGAAAAAGUUUAUGAAUGUCCAGAUUACAAAACUGCAGGCCCCAAUUCGUGCUACUUCGAUAAAAAGCACACCUCUUUCUGGACCAUAUACAAUAUUACUGUGAGGGCAACUAAUGAAAUGGGAAGUAAUGUCUCUGAUCCUCAUUAUGUGGAUGUGACUUACAUAGUACAGCCAGAUCCUCCUGUGAAUAUAACCCUGGAAUUAAAAAAGUCAAUAAAGAGAAAACCGUAUCUGGUCCUGACGUGGUCUCCACCCCCACAGGCUGAUGUCAGAUCUGGAUGGCUUACCCUUGAAUAUGAAUUGCGACUAAAGCCUGAAGAAGGAGAGGAAUGGGAGACUAUUUUUGUUGGACAGCAAACACAAUGCAAACUGUUCAGUUUAAAUCCUGGAAAGAGGUACAUUGUACAGAUUCACUGCAAACCAGACCACCAUGGACUGUGGAGUGAGUGGAGCCCAGAAAUGUAUAUUGAGAUCCCUACUGACUUUAGAGUAAAAGAUAUGGUUGUGUGGAUCAUCGUUGGUGUCCUGUCAUCUCUUAUAUGUUUAAUCAUGAGCUGGAUAAUGAUUAUGAAAGGGUACAGAAUGAUGGCCUUUAUCCUGCCACCAGUUCCAGGACCAAAGAUAAAAGGCAUAGAUACACAUCUGCUGGAGACAGGAAAAUCUGAAGAAUUACUGAGUGCUCUUGGUUGCCAUGGUUUCCCUCCAACAUCAGACUGCGAGGAACUACUGAUAGAAUAUCUGGAGGUAGAGGACAGUGAGGAUCAGCAGCUCAUGCCAAGUCAUGACACUCCAAGUAAAAAUACAAAAAUUAUUCUCAAGGAAACAGACAGUGACUCGGGCCGAGGGAGCUGUGAUAGCCCUUCGCUCCUCCCUGUGAAGUGCAGGGAAUCCCACAGCCUUCCAUCUACUCUUCAAACACAAGAUGUACGAGCUAAAGAAAAGAAAGGGGGGAAAGGGAGCUGGGACACUCGGUGUGUGGCCUCGACCUCAGAACAGAAAACACUCCCUUGUGAGAGUAUAAAGUCGUGCACAUGGCUGGCAGCUCAGUUACCCAGUAAUCAGGCUGCUAUGUUUGCCUACCACAGCACUGUUGAGGCAUUCAAGAUAACACUGAACACCACAAAUGUGAACACUUCACCAAUUUUGGUGAGAAAUGAAGAAAGUCAUCAGUCGCUAUAUCCUAUUGCUGAAACUGUGUAUGAUGACCUGGAAAAGAUAAACGAGAUGGAGUAUUCCAAAACUGACCAAACCACAGUGCAGGUCAGACAAAAUGAACAUAGUAACAAGUCACCUUUCCUGAAUCCUAAAUUAAUGGACUAUGUAGAAGUUCAUAAAGUCAGACAAGAUGAGGAACCAACACUAUUACUGAAACAUAAAGAAAACAAUGAAAAGACCAAAAAAUGCACUGUUCCAGGAACCAGCAAAGAAUAUACCAAGGUCUCAACAGUUGUGGACCAUCACAUUUUAGUACUAUUGCCAGAUCAGCGCAGUCAGAACACACCUGUAUCUCAAGAACCUGUAGCAGAAACAUCUCAGAACCCUCAGCAAAGUCAAGCUGAGAAGAAUACGAGCUACAGCACGACAACUCCUAGUGACUCCAGAAGAGACACCAGUGGAUCAGACUACAUGGAUCCAUCUUCCUUUAUGCCCUCCUUUAAAUAACCUUUUAGUACAGCACAUACUUAGUAGUUACACAUAGUAAAACAAAAUCACAUAGCAAACAGCUCUUUAGAAAAGCUUAGCCUCCAAAAGCCUAUCCUCCUAUGUGCAUUGUACAGGUAAUAAAAUAAUCUGUGAGUCGAUGUAAUAGUCAUGGACGUAAAUCUUGGAUCACUAGCACACUUUUCUGUCACAGGGAAACGAUGAAAUGGGUCUUGUCUAUCAUGAAAAAUGCACUGUAAAAUAAUUAUUCAGUUCUGCAGAGCUUCUGUUGGUUGAUGAAGCCUGAGGAAAUAACACAGAUUCAAAAAGAUGAAAAUUGUUAUGGGUGAGUCAGCAAACCAUAGCAGUCUGAGCAGUUCCUCCAUUAGAUAAAUCAUUGCACAACUGUAUUCUUACCUACAAUGUCUUUUCAUCUUAAUGCAUUCUGACACUGCAUUGUUUUCCUUAUCUUUCUUCUCAGUCCUUGAGAAAGGAGCUCUUAUACAUGACAAAUCAUAUACAAAACCAAAUACAUUCUACAAAUGGCAGUAAAAUAACAAAUUAUUCUAAAUAUAUUUUUGUUUAGUUUCAAUGUGACAGAAAGCUGCAUCCGAUUCAUAUCCUAGUCCAGACAAACCAAAAUGAAGAAAGCAGGAUAAUAUAUUAUAUACUGCCUUACUGUAUAUAAUACACAAUUUUACUUUAAUAUAAGCCCAUAUGUUUAACUACAUAUUUUUAAAGGCUAUUUUUCUAUUACCAAAAAAGAGCAAAAUAAAAUAUUUUUUAAUUGCCCAGUGCUACUUAGCUGCCGAGGAACUUUUCUCUUUCCUUCUGCUGAGGCAGUAACAAGUAAAGCUAUAAUUUCUAUACAAAGCAUAAAAUUAAACUUUAUACUAAAUAAGAAUAUGGAGACAUUUUUAAACUAUAUUUCUAAUAUAUUACAGAUAUAUUACUGUUUGAAUUUUAAAUUAUUUGUUUCACAGGUUUUUUAUUACCUGUAAUUAUAUAAUUAAAAUAGAGUUUAGGUUUUGAGACCCAAGGUUCUUUCCCUUUGGAUUUGUACUGUGAUGCCAAUUGUAAAUGACAUGGGGCUCUCCUGUAUCCUGCACUUUUCUCUGACCCUGGUAGUAAAAUUUGAAGUCAUAUUUUUCAUAAUGAAUUUAUGAACAAUAGUUUUGGAAUCAGCCUCCAAGGUCUGAUUCAGACCUCCACUGAAAAAGCAGUGGGAAUGAGGAGUCCAUGUAUUUGGGCUGGUCAUGCGUUGCCAGAAUAGCAGUGGAACAGCAAGGGUCCAUUAUAUCCCAUGUAACUGAAGACAGAAUCAAAAUUAUGCUGUAGUGGCUGCAAAGUUGCUCUGGCCUUCCUUCUUGAAACAAAAGUUUAAUUGACUCCAGAAAAGUAUGAUCAUAUGAUGACUGGCUAAAAGUGGGCCAAGUAUUUAGGCAGCAUCUCUAGCUUCAGGGGAAACUGGAAACUUGAGGUGAGGUAAUGAUCCUGUACCUGUGGAGGGGAGUGUAUUUGAUAGAUGGGCUCUCUUUUGGUAUUCUUCCUGAACAGCUUUACUUUUCUCCAUAUUUUUAUGAUUUUAUGCAGUGAGCAAGCCUUUCUGCAGUAUCAGGUACUUGUUGCAGAGCCAGACAAAAGAGAAUUUCAGAUUUUGAAGGUCCCAGAAGGCCAUAUCUAAUUCAGCAAAUCAGAUUCUCACCCUUUACCUUCAAAGCCCUGGAGCUCCUCAAGCACAGGUUGGUAGAAGCACCUAGCCUUUGCACAGACAGGGCGUUAAAACGUAACUAAUCAUCUGUGUGUCUAUAAACACACGUGGUAGUGUAGACUGUAACAUUAGGGUGGCAUCAGAUUUAGAGCCUGUCCUCUGUACAGGCAGCUGCCCAAUUCCAGAGGCUGAUCAGAGCAGUCUGGAUGCUCUGCUGAAGGUGGGGGAAGGCAUCCUAGAUUCCUAAUUCAACCACUUAUUUAACACAUAAAGACAUGAAGGGGCUACUCCAGGUAUCAAACAUAAAACACAGUUAUAGUUAAUUGAACAUUUUUACCGUAGAUACUCUGUCUGUAGUAUACCUUAAAUAUUUCUAGAGAUUCUAGAAGUACUGCAAAGCAACUCUUGAGACAUGAGGAAUGUGUAUGUAAGCUGACAACACGCUGUGUCUGACAAUGUCUUAUUAACUCUUCAGUUUUCUGACUGAAUCUAACAGAGCUAACAGGAUCAGACACAUUCCUCUUUCUUUACACAGAUAGCUCUGUCUGUGCUAUUUCCUACAUCUAGUGAUGUUCAUAAAGAUAUGCUGCUACAGGCCUUCUGGGAUGUAUCUAGUAACGCACAGAAGCUGUAGUAUCUCAUGAAACCUAGAGCCUAAAGAUGUUCCUCACAGGGUAGAUUUCUAAGGUUAGAACACAGUGACUACCCAGAUGUAUGACAGUAACUGGCUGUUCCCACCGUAUCUUUUACCUGAAGUCACUUCUCACCUGAAGCAAACAGACACAACAGUUAGCAGAUUUUAAGUGUAUGACUCAUCCUGCCUAACUGUAGGCAUGUGUGCCUCCAAUAAUCCACAAAGAAGGAAAGUCAAGGAGUCUCUCUGCUUUGUCAUAAAUGAAUACUGAAAUUGUAAAAUAGUUGUAGCCUAAAUUACUUUGUGUGGUCUUGAGCAUUUCCCACCUUUGCUGAUGAAUGUCUCAAUAUGCCAAAUCAUCAUGUCUCCCUGUGAAAAGGGAAAGUCAGCUACAGUGGAAAAGGAGCAUUUGCUUGCUGCUUUGAAGUGUUGGAGGAUUUGCUAGCUAAAUGUAAUUUGAGCACAUUGUCAUAAAUAUAUUUAAUUCUUGAAGCUGAACAAAUGUGCAGGUAGAAUUGUUUUCCCUUGGAUUUGCUUAUAUUUUCCAAAACACCUUGAUCCUCUCAGUGGCAGAGCUUCUGAAAGUGGCCUUAAACAUCUGAAACUACGUUAAAAAAAAUAAAAUACUAGUGUUCUGUGGAAUCAAAAUAACCUUCAGCUAAGUAUUUGGUCCUUUGAAUUUUCAAAUAAUUAAUUUUUUCUGUUUGCAACAAUAUUUUUCUUGCAGGCCUUUAAGCUUUUCAUUAGGAAUUACAUGAGUUUUUGCAGCAGUUCUACAGAGUCAAUCAGUAAAAGAUUAUGGCACACCAGUGGGGAAAAACAGGCUCUUGAUACCUCCUUUGAUAUCCAGGGGGAUGAACAGAAUUUACCCCUCUAAUUCUUGCACAGUUUGUCAAAUUUUUUACUUGGAAUAAUUAUUUCAAGAAUGUGAAUAAUCUUUUCAAUGUCAAAGUUAUCCACAUGUCAUUUAUAGUGUGAACUACUUUGUAAUAGUGUAAAAGCCCUAAAAGAUAGCAUAAAGACUCUUCUUCAUAAUUAGUUUUACAAAAUUCCUAAAAUUGAACAUAUAUAUUUUAUUUAAUUACCUUUCCUUCUGAUUCAGACUAAUUUUAUUAACAUUUUUUCUUCAGUAUUGGCAAAUAUGAUUCCUUACCGUACAGUUGUUUACUAGAUUUUUUUUAGCAGAGACAUAUUGGAUGUACAAUUUUAAUAUUUCUGUGUAAUAUUUCAGACUUUAGAAGAAAUAAAAACUAAUGAAUUGGCAUGUGCUCACAAAGAUCAGUAUCACACAUGAUGAGGACUUUAGGUUUGGUCUUUAUGAUACUAUGUAACUACAAAGAUUUUUUUUUUAAAUGCAGUGAAUUAACCUGAUAUAAUAUUAGUAAGAGGAUGUAUGUGUUUAUGGAACAAACUGUAAAACAAGUAUGUAAUGAUGAUUUAUGUCAAACCAGUGAAUUCUGUAGUAUAUCUGUCUGCGUGUCUAUGUUUAAAUGGCUGAAAAAUAGACAGCUGCUUUAAAUGUCAUUCAAGUGUCCAAAGUGUAGUAGCAGCAGGUGUUCAAAAUGAAUAAGCAGAAUUUUUUUGUGCUUUCUAAAGCAUUAUUUAUGUGGGGUUUACAUCAUGAAGCCUGUAAGUGUAUUUCGUAAUUUCACGGCAACUAUCAACUGAUCUGAAGGUGUUGUGCAAGGAAACUGAAGUCCUGUAAGCCACUUGAUAGACAUCAGACAUCUUCUACAAAGCCAUAAAGACAAAUAAAGUGAAAAAAGCAUCAUGAGAUCAGGCAUCACAUUCUCAAAUAAUUGCUACCUCAGAGGUUUUUUUUUGCUCCCUUUAAAAGGCAAACAAGAAAAAGGAUUUUGCUUUGUGUGCAAAUUUGUGACUCAAUCUAUCAAGAAUUUAAAAAUUUUAUUUGUAAAUUCAAAAUAUUUUUGUUAACAAACCGCUUGCUUGUCAUGGAAUCAUCACUUGCGUGGCAGUGGUAGUAUGAAGAUGGAAUAUUCUAGAUGUGUAGCAAAAGUAAAUGUUUUUAAUAUGGGGGAAAAAAACCAAACUAAAGAACAUUCCACUUUGUAAGAAUAUCCUUGGUGCCCAGAUGGACAGUCAAGCAUCAGUCCCAUUCCUGACCUGAAAAGUUUUUUGCCAUUAUUUGUAUUUCCAGGUCACUGGGACUGAUUGAGCCAAUUUUCCUGAGGUGCUUUUAUUCUGGAUCUCAGCUAUGGAACUUGGUAUUUAUCAAUAAUUGCUAUUUAGAAUUACCUAUUUUCAACUGAGUUCCUAGGAAGCAAACCUUCCAGUUCUGUCUCUAAAUGAGUAAAAAUGGAAAGCCCUGCUCUCAGCUAUCUCAAACAGUCACACUAAAAUCAGGCUCCAGUUCCUGUGGGUGUGGAAAGAUGGACUGAAUUAUAACAAUUUUAAUAACCUUGUGGCUCAGCCUUGAAAACCAUUUUGAAACAAAUCAGGGAUUUUCUUCAUUUUUCUGGUAUAUGUGAAGCAGAAAAAUAAAGAUAAAUGGAUGCCUAAAUACAUAAUACAUGGGGAUAUAAAGAGCUUAAAUAUCAUAGAAGCAUGGAACAGUUUAGGUUGGAAACAACCUAUAAGGUCAUAGAGUCCAGAUGUUAACCUGGUCCUGCCGAGUUCACCACUAAAUGACAGGGAGAGGGACAAGACUGCUGCAUGUGACAGAACAGAAAAGGAGUACAGUCACUAUGGGAUGCUACAUGGUAGAUGAUGAGGGAAAAAUGCAUUUUGACUACAACUGAAAAGUAGAGGGGAAGAUGGGAAAAUGGAAGGGAAAGAAUCAAAUAUGAGAAUAGACAGUAAAACAUGAGCACUAGCAGAACUGAGAGGAAUGAUAAAUGAGUUAGUGAGGGGGGAAAAAGGAAGAGAAGAAAAUACUUUAAUAUCAAAAGUGGGAAUGUGCACAGCUACUUGGUAUAGUCCACAAAAGCAGUAAAAUCUUAUGGUUGGCAAAAUGCUGAAAUCGGCUACGAUGGAUCAGCUGUUUCAUAUGAGCAGAAAAAGUCCUAUACAUGAGAAGUGGUCAUUCUUUUUCUGCCAGUUACAGGAUUUUUCUUCCCCCUAUCUGACAUUGGUCCCAGGCAAAAACAAAACUUGAAGAGUCAGCCUCAGCAUCUGAUCUGACACUGUAUUUCCUACAUUCCUAAGGGAAUAGAGAAAUAAAGUGCAUCACACUGCUUUGAUAAACAAUCUUCUGUUUUUCGCACAGAUAUACAGGUGAGAUUUUUUUAUCCAUUUACAUUGUCCCACACAUAUUUCUACCAUCCUUAAGCAUUGUUCUGUUUUUAUUUAGUAUAUAUAAUUCAAUGACCUAGAAGUUCCAAGAGAAAAAACACUUUGGGGAUAUUACUAAGCAGCCUCUUGGCAUUUCUGGGCAUUGUCUCAGUUUGUACCUGUGACAGUGUAUCUGUUAAUACUUUCCUUCUGUCUUGGUAAUAAAUUCUGAAAAUUACCAAGUUAGGUUUAAAAUACAUCUCUUCAAUAUAUUACAUUUUUAAGAGGCACUAUUAUAUCUGUUGGAAGUAGUUAAGAAAAAUACCUGUAUUAGUUGUGUGGCCUCUUAGAAUGCUGAUAUGCUAAGAGCUGAUCUUAUACUCAAGAUGUUGGUGCAUAGAGCAGUUAGAUAUAAAAAGGUCUUUUUUUAUAUAUUCCUCUUUUUGGAAGGUUUUUUGUCCUUUUCUACUCUGUGAUGCUGCUUGUCUUGGAUCUUGACAUUAUUUAACUAUUUUUUUUAACAAUGCUGCUUUUGGAUCUAUUUUUGUGAGCUGCUGAGUACCUUCACCUCAUUUUCACAUCAAUAAAAAUUGAAAUAUUUCAUUUCAGUUCCUGCAGUGGUUACUUUCAGAGAAUUGUAGCACUGAGUAGAAUUUUUAGAGGAUGCUGAAAAUCAUUGUACAAGUGACUUGUAGAAAAUUUUCCUUCAGUAGGAUGCAAAUCUAUACAUGUCUAGAAGAAGGCAGAUUUUUCUACAGACAGAACUACAAUGAUGUCGUAUCACAUUUUUAAAUAUUCAUAAUGCUGUAGACUACUCUUAAUUCUCAUCCCUUUGUCUUUCAUUCCAAAAGGGAGAGGAAACUACUGCUCAGCUAUACUUAGAAAGAGCUCCUGGGCUGCCUCUAGUGUUAUCUGUUUUUAAUUUUGGAAAGUAAUUUUUUCUAUUCUGACUACAAAAACAGUUCAUCUGAUAUAAUAUAACCAUCAGUUCUUAUAUAUGUGUUAUAUUGCUCAGAGAUACUCAGCACUAUCUUGGCUUCUGAAAUCUUUUUGUUGUUUUUGUGUAUGUUUUAGUCAUUGUGUAAGAUAUAGCAGUACUGAGGGCACUGUUAUGAAAAAGCACAGCCCAGAAAAAACGUGUUAAUCAUAAACUAAUAAUAUUUGUUCAAAAUUCUGAUGUGCUACUAAGUGAGGGUAAAAGUCUGUGGAAUCUCCCUUGCCUUUAAUUGUGCCAGCAGACUCUCAAAGACAUGAAAAUUGCACCUUCUGAAUAAUUUUCAGAAUAAACAGUAUAUUUUCAGCAGAGAAAGAGAUGACCCAGUACUUAGAGCAAAUUUAUUUCCAUUUGCAUAAACCAUUUCGUUGGUAGAUUUGCAAUACAAGCUAGGCAUUUUUUCCACUUCAGUUUCAAAAUUUGUGUGCAAUGUGGAACAUGAGAGGUUAUUGCAGUGUCAUUACUGUAGCAACAGAAUGACUUUAAGCACAAUUAUUCUAUGAACCAGAUCCAAAUUUUUUUUUUGUAAAUUUCUAAAAUACAAGAAGUUGUAAGAAUCAGAUUUCAUAUAUUGUAUGUACAUUCUUUGGAGAAUACUGGUAUAAAAGUAGUUGCUCAGGAAUUCUUCAUUGUUUCUAAGUGUAUCUAAAAGAAAAUGCUUUCAAAUACAUUUUUUAAGUUCUUAAUAUUGAAAGUGCUGGCUUUACUAAAAUCUAUUGGUGUUUUCACUUGUAAGAUCAAUAUUGUUAUGAGGUCUGUAGCUUUCUGAUGAAUUUUUGAUCUUUUGUCAUUGUAAAAUCUCUUUGCAAUGGUGUUCGCAUUUCAGUUUAAUAAAAGUUC